AUGUCAUCUGGUCCAGCUGAUGGCAACCUGUAUCACAGCACUUUGGGCACGACUUUAAGUCAACCGAUACCUGACUCAGAUCCUCAAAUUCUUUGCGGGGAGUAUCCUCCAUGUGAACCCUGCGAGCCUCCGUGUAAUCCUUGUGAUCCAUGCUCACCUCCGUGUUCUGAUGAUAAUGAAGUCAAAAAGAUUGGUCCUUGCAAUCCUUCUGAGCCAUCUGUUAAAUAUUUGUAUCGUCAGGCACCUCAGGGUUCAGUAGUCUUAAAGCCUGGUCAAAUUCGGUUUCGGGCACCUACAUCAAUAAUUGUACGACCAGGAGCUAUCCGUCUGCCAACACCACUUGCUAUCUGGGUAAAACCACCACCAGUUCAACCAGCUGCCCCGGCUCCAAUAUACGUGGAACCAGACCCAGUGCAACCGCCUACCCCAGUACCAAUUGAAGUUUGGCCUAAGCCCGUGUAUCCACCCCGGCCAGCUCCGAUUCUCGUUAAAACUGCACCGGUUCAACCACCAAAGCCUGCUCCUAUUAAAGUAUGA